AUGGUGGUCUAUGCUGGAAGUUAUUUAUCAGCUCCAACGAAAAUGUUAACAGAAAUGGUAGCAGAUCAAGUAGCACCGUCGUAUUGGGUUCCUAAUAAAGAUGUUCACGAAUGCUCAACAUGUAAACUUGUUUUUGGUUCAGAUCAUUCGAAACAUCACUGUCGAGCAUGUGGUCAUGUGUUUUGUGAUACAUGCACAAUGCAUCGUCGUGUUGUUGCAUGGAUUGAUACUGAAAAAGCUGUUCGCGUAUGUGAUAAAUGUUAUGCUAAUUCACAAUUACGUCCACCUUCAACAAUGUCAAGUUCAUCAUCAUCAUCAUCAUCAUCAUCAACAACAGAAAAGGAAAAAUCUGAUAGUCAACGAACGAAACAUAAUGGUUAUGAUGCUGGUAGUAGUGGUGAUUCUGCAAGCACUGCCUCAUCCGGUGAGCAUCUCAGCGAUCUAUGUCUAUCUCCAUCUGAUAUUUUCGAUAUCGAGCACCCAGGAGCAGGUCCAGUCUCAAUCGACAUUCCUGCAACUAGACGUGUUUUUGAAUCAGUUAAAAGUGGACUUGAAAAAAUAGGUGCCAAUUAUCCUAUCGAACUUAUCAAAGAAAGUGCUCGACCUAAUUAUUGGAGACCUGAUAAUGAAUGUCGAGCGUGUUGCGUUUGUAAGCAACCAUUCAAUAGUACAACAAAUCGAUUACAUCAUUGUCGAAAUUGUGGUGAUGCUGUGUGUGAAAAAUGUUCACCAAACAAACGUCCUGUACCAGAACGAGAUUGGUUAACACCUGUACGUGUAUGUAAAUUAUGCGAUGAUGCAAUGAAUGAAUCAACCAGUGGACAUUAA